AUGGGGACAGAGGGAGGGGAUGUCCUAGUGCCCCGACCCUCCCUGUCACUGCACCCCAGCCAGGGGGUGUCCCUGGGGGACAAUGUCACCCUGCGCUGCCACCUGCCCCGGCUGGCUGCCUGGGUCUGGCUGUACCAGGAAGGACGUUGGUCAUGCGUCAAGUACAGUGACAAGAAGCAGGACACGACAGAGUUCUCCUUCCUUAGCGCAAGUCAGGAUCAAGCAGAUCGCAGUUUGCUCCCACCUCAUAUCUCACUUCACCCCGAGGAACGUGUGGGGACAGGGACCAAUGUCACCAUCCGCUGCUGGAACAAGGACUAUGGGGCCGCCUUCCUCCUGCACAAGGAUGGACGCUCAGCUCCUAUCCAGCGCCUGGUCCCACAUGAUGUUGCAACAGUCUCCUUCACCCUCUUUGGGGUGACCCCAGCUGACAGUGGCACCUACAGGUGCUCCUAUCGCCCCAAGAACUACCCCUUUCUGUCCUCACCCCUUGGGGACAGCGUGACACUGGAGGUGACACCCACACCUGCACCCCCAGGUGCUGAGUUGGUGUCCCGUGGGAACCUGGUGGUGGCAGUGGUGAGGGGCUGUGCUGCUGUCCUCAUCUUUGCCCUCGGCAUCUUCUUUGUCAUCGAUGCCCGCAGCCUCUGGAUACGGAGAGAUGAGAGUCUGGGUGGGGAAGGGAUUUAAUGGCUUGGAUCUCCUGUACAUCCCCUACACAUCUCCCCAGUCUUUCUCUUCCUCUCCUUCCAUUCUUCUGUAGAAUCCACCAGGUGUACCAUUGGAUCCACUAUACAUUGCCUAUCGAUUCCCUCAGAUGUUCCCUGCCCCCAUCCCAUCUCCUAUAAAUCCAUCAUGUAUCCCCUGCCUCCCCUUCCAGGCCCUAUAAAUUAUCUAGUCCCUGUCA